GAAAAGAAGAAGAGAAAGAGGAAAAAAGACGAAAUAAUAUAUAAUAAUAGAAUAUUAUUUAUACUGUGAUAUAUAACCAAGCAUUGUUUGUGUCUGCAAACCGGUAAUUGAAUAACAAAUCAGCAGUAAUCCAGAACGACUAGCAGUAAACCAAUUGCGAUAACAACAGCAGCAGCAGCARCAACAAGAAGAGGAAAUUCAUCCAGCAGAAGCAGCAACAGCAACCAGCAGCUCUUACAAUGCCACUCUUUGGUAAAUCACAGAAAACGCCAGCUGAAUUGGUCAAGUCGCUGAAGGAGGCAAUAAACGCAUUGGAAUCAGGGGACCGCAAAGUGGAGAAGGCACAAGAGGAUGUUAGCAAAAAUCUGGUGUCGAUCAAGAACAUGCUGUACGGCAGCAGCGAUGCGGAACCGCCAGCGGACUAUGUAGUUGCGCAGCUAUCGCAGGAGCUGUAUAAUAGUAACUUACUCUUACUGCUAAUACAGAACUUGCAUCGCAUCGAUUUCGAGGGUAAGAAACAUGUGGCGCUCAUUUUCAAUAAUGUGCUGCGCCGUCAGAUAGGUACCCGCUCGCCCACAGUGGAAUACAUAUGCACGAAGCCAGAAAUUCUAUUUACAUUGAUGGCCGGUUAUGAGGAUGCACAUCCGGAGAUAGCCCUCAAUUCGGGAACAAUGCUACGAGAAUGCGCCCGCUAUGAGGCGCUAGCAAAGAUCAUGCUGCAUUCGGAUGAGUUUUUCAAGUUCUUUCGGUAUGUGGAAGUAUCAACGUUUGACAUCGCCUCCGAUGCCUUCUCCACGUUCAAAGAGCUGCUGACACGCCACAAGCUCUUGUGUGCCGAAUUCCUAGACGCCAACUACGAUAAGUUCUUCGCUCAGCAUUAUCAGCGAUUGCUGAACUCUGAGAAUUAUGUGACACGACGCCAGAGUCUGAAGCUGCUCGGUGAACUGCUUCUCGAUAGACAUAACUUCACCGUGAUGACGCGAUAUAUAUCAGAACCAGAGAACCUGAAGCUAAUGAUGAACAUGCUGAAGGAGAGAUCGCGCAACAUACAAUUCGAGGCGUUUCAUGUCUUCAAAGUUUUUGUCGCGAAUCCAAAUAAACCGAAGCCGAUUUUGGAUAUCCUGCUGCGCAAUCAAACGAAACUGGUCGACUUCUUAACCAGCUUCCAUACGGAUCGAUCGGAGGAUGAGCAGUUUAACGAUGAGAAGGCUUAUCUGAUUAAGCAGAUAAGGGAGCUGAAACCGCUGCCCGAGGCUUAGUGGGCAGCUAUAACGAGAAGUCGAAAGAGAACGAGAACAAGAACAUUUUGGCCUUGGCUGUAUGGCAGGAUGACGAUAGCGAAGACGAAAGCAGGAGGACAACAACAGACAACGGACGUAAACAUAAAUAUAGCAUGUGUGUGCAGGGCGUGGGUUAUCCAUAACAAAAUGCAAAUGCAUAAGCAAUUGCAAUACACACAGAAGAGACGAAGACAACGACGAUGACGAUGACCGAUGACCGAUGACGACAGCACUUGUGAGUAACUAAACAAUAAUUUAGACAAAGCAAACAAAAUGAUAACGAUAAAUAACGAUAAAGCAGAAUACAUAAGUAGUAACAGCAAGUAAAACAAUAUAUUGUAUGUAAUAGCGUAAAGGAGUAAAUGCAGCCGCAUCAUAUCGCGAAUUUAACUAAAAAUGAAAAACAAAAAAUGGAAACACUCUCACACAUACAUACACACACACCAAAAUACACUAACUUAAUUUUUUUUCCAUCACUGAGAAUAUAAUAUAUUCACUCCAGCUUCCGUCUAGCUCGCUUUUAAAAAUUGUUCAGAGUUCGGUUUGUUGUUGUUCCAGUUCCAGUUCGAGAUCCUCGUGCGCUUGUAGACGUAUAUAGACCCUAUGUAUGUACACCUCUACCUAUUUACUGUUACUACUACUUUUCGUAAAAACAGUUUAUUAUUUUUACUUCCUCCUUUUUUGUGAAACUCUUGCUAUUUAAAUAGUUGUAUUGAAAUUGAAGCGUUUUUGAAACGUUAUAACCAGGACAAUGAAGAUAAUAUAUGAGUUUUGACUUACAAUUUAGACAUUAAACAUUUCAAAUGUGCGCCGAAAUGAACUAUUACGGUAACUUAUUAUUUUUAAAUUUGUAUGAAAGAAAACAAAAUCAAUUGUAAUUUCACGUAAAAACUUCAUUCAGAAUACUGCAUAAUAAUUAUAGUUAUAAUUAA